UUACAUCAUUCGCAAAGAUGGAAACGCCCCCUUACAGUGCUGGUGCAGUUCGGCAGGAGCCGCUGGAGUUGUGAGGCAUCGCAAAGUCACGCGUUCGGGAUAUGAGUUUUUUUUUCUUAGUUAUUUAUGUAAGACGGUUACAGAAAUUUUACCCUGCCUUUGUCCAGUGGAAUUGAUUGUCCCAGCCAGCUUCCUCUAAUAUGACAUGCUCCUACCUCUAUUUUCCAGCAAGAAAAAAGUCACAUGUCACCAUCAACCAACCAGCCCCUGAGCCCCUCGCCAAACAAUGUCUCGAGCCUCCAAGCUCACCCUGAUGGGCACCUCGCUCUUUGCCACCACCACCGUCAUAUUCGUCCACUUCCAGCAAAAGACCGAGAAAGCCGCCAUGCACGAGGGCGUGGUUCGUGAUAUGGAGCAGCAGCGCAUAAAGCGCGAACGCCAGCUCGAUUUUGAGCUGCAGCGUACUCUGGAGCAGGAAUACAAGAAGGGCCAGACCGUGCGGGACACCACUGGGAAUCCCGGUGACGGUGCCCGAUAAUGACACAGGGCUAGUGAGGAAGGAGCGCAGCAGUGGCGACACGAAACCCCCAUCUGGCCGUCCCUCGGGUUCCUGUUAGAGUUGUAGAUAUACACAUCCGGAGGCAAAGGAGGAGACCGAGAUACCUGCAACGAUACCCACUAUUGAGCAUAAGAUAAUCUCCCUUCCGUUAGCUAUACCCGAGGCACGCUCCAGUCAGGUCUACGUCAUGUCUUUUGAUCUGAAGAAUCGAUGUAUCGUGGGUACAAUACAAGCCAACUCCUGGGGCAAGACCCCCCGAAUCUAUUAUCGUCCACUUCCUUCUCCGCCUGAUACCUUUGGAGCACUAGCCCGACGACAUCAGAACUGUGCCGUGAGUAGAGAAACAAAGCCUCCUCUCCUAUACCUAGACGAG